CCCCGUAAGCUUCGAUAUGUCCGCCGCCAAAACGCUCAUUUCACAGAAAAAAUAUUUUUCUUUUCGGAAGAAGAUCCCUACAAAGCGGCCCUAUUUCUUUUAAGCUAGAAAAAGUCGAAGAAUCCGAAAACCGACGAUGUAUGCCAGGACAAAUACCGGCAGCACACAUGGAGACUUUCAAGACAGAAAUGGAGUGAAUUAUGUGACAUCGACAGAGUCUUUCGGCCACUGCUCUCAAUUGUUCUGGAAAAAGGAUCCCAACGACUCCGGACCAAGUUCGACCAUCAGCUGGUGCGAUCAGCUCCCUUCGUCCUCAGCAGCCCUCUCCAGCUCCAGUCUCUCCUCAGCGUCACUCUCCAGCUCCAGUCUCUCCAUGGAGUCCAGAGCGCCAGCGCCGGCGACGACGGUGUCAGACGACAUGGAAUCAGAUGAGAGGCCUUACGUCUGCGAUCUCUGCAGCUGCGCCUAUAAGCAUGCCAGCUCCCUGCUCAACCACAAGCUCACUCACAAGACUGGAGACUUCAGGUGCGACUUUUGCAGCAAGCCCUACACCAACUACAUGUCCCUGCGCAACCAUAUGCGAAUCCACGGUCAGAAGCGCUACAUGUGCGACUUGUGCGGGAAGGCCUUCCGCCUGGCCCGAUAUCUCCGUAACCACCAGAGGAUCCAUGAUGAUGGGCCCAACCGCUUCGACUGUCCUUCCUGCUGCAAGAGCUACAGGACAAUGCUGGAGCUGGCCCAGCACCGCUGCACCGCUGCUGCGUCCAACCAGAACCGGUUCAACUGCCCGUCCUGCUUUAAGAGCUACCGAACCAUGCUGGACCUGGCCCAGCACCGCUGCAGCGCCGUGGCCAAAAACCAGUCUGGCGGUCGUCGUUCCAAUUUCGCCAACACUCCUCGCCGUCAGCAGCAGCAGCAGCAGCAACAGCAGCAACAGCAGAACAGUGCUAACUCCAUGAUGCAACCGCAGCAUGGAGGACACGGCCAGCAGGAACCUCUGCCCUCCCACUGCGUCUCCCCCAUGUCCCAGGGAGGGCAGGGCGGCGGUGUGAGCAGCCAGCCUGUGCCUGACCCCCACCAGCAGGGCCGUCCCAGCUCUGUAUCCUCUCAGAGCAGCCAGCAGAGCAUGAGGAGCUCGUCCUCCAACAAACACGUCUCCUCCUCCAGCGCCAACCCGUCCUCCUCCUACUCCCUGCUCCAGCCCCUGGUGCCUGAGGUAAAGGAGAUGAGCUCGGGAUACACUAGGCUGAGCGCCAACCCCAUGCCGAAGCACCAGGACACUUUCUCUCUGGCCCCCCAGCGGCCCCUCACCACCAUCAACCCCAUCGGCCACUCCCUCCAUCCGAAUGGAGCGCCCACGCUCAAGCCUUCCCCCGUGCCACGCACCAUCCAGGCCAUGCCCUGGGAGCAGCGCUCCCUCUACAAUCAAUGAGACCCCCAGGAACUAGCCGCCCCCCCUUCACAUCGCAUCCCCAACCCACACACACACACACACACACACACACCCUCCUCCUCCUCCCCACCCCUUUUGGACCCAGCAUCAAGGAGGAAGGACUUGGGACGCCCCUCCACCACCCCACUCCUCCUUUGGAACGUUGUGUUUGGGAACGGGGAAGGGCACCAUUGAGAACUAGUUGAGAUUGAUUACUGAGUAGUUAGGUUUAAAAAAAAAUGUGUUGCCUUGACCCUCAUGUAUGAUCUAUGCCAUGUACUGGAUAUAAGUUAAAAUGUCUGUCCUCUCACUAAGAAUUUAUCUCCCCAUCCUCCUCUCCCGCUCUAGUUACGAAAAUAUCUAUCCUUCCCAUUAUGAAUAGUGUCUCUCCCCUCCCCCAGCCCCCCUUUUCCAUAUGUUAAAUGAAAAAGGCUAUUUUUAUCAAGAGUGUGUUCCAAACCAGGGCGCCAAGUUGUCAAAGUAAAUGUGACAAAAUUCUCCCUUCAGUCUGGUAUGUUUUUGAACAUAAAACCCAACUUUUUUGUCAAAUGAGGCUUCUGGAAAGGAGAAGGGGAAACAUUAACUUUUGUCUUCUUUUAUUUUCUUUUACUUUUAUUUUUUUAACGUACCCCUUCAACAUGCUCCAGAAUGAAGAUUGUUUAUAUUGUGCGUUAGGAGGUGUCAUGACUAUUUCAGAAAGCUGUUUCCGUUCUCUCUGACGUUACAGCGCCUACACCUCUCGUCUGUGAGCACCAACAGCAAGGACCACAACGGAAAAAACCCAGCUGACUGUUGUUCUGCAAAACAUUGUGACAUGUACAUGCCAGUUUGGCUUCUCUGUGUUGUGAAGACUGAAGCCCUGCUGUUGAAAAGGACCUCGAUGUUCCCCAGCCACAACCACCGACGAGGACAGUUUAGCGCAGUUACCUGCUUUUAACACACAACUGAAAGCUCACUUUUUUCUAAACUUGCAUCUGACUGGUGGCUUGUUAUUGUAGUUUUAUUAAUCUGUUGGCUGGGAGUCAAAUCUAGAAGAUAUCAGUACAAGUCUCCAUCCCUUUUGUUCCAAAAUGACUGUUAACAUGUUUGUUCCUUUCACUUUAAAGCACUUUAAGACAAGUGCUGUAUAAUUAUUACUGUCUCUCCCACCCACCCCCGCCCUCUAUCUAGAGCUGUAUCGGCUGUGAAGAUGUAACACUGCCUUACAUCAACCCCUCAUCAUCACUCACUCACUCACAUGAUCACCAGUGACUUAGCAGCAGUACUGGGCCAGGUUUGAGCCCAUAACAUGGCUGCAUCUGGAAGCUACAGUGGCCAAAAUACAGUAUAUCUGCAGCUCUGGACACAGUAGGUCUGCAACCCCUCCCCCCCACCUCGGCUCGGACACACCCUCCAGUGUUGCUUUUCCUGUAGAAAACGUCAUGCCUGCGUCUCACUGCUCCCGAGAUGGAUUCAGUUAACACCUACCUGCAGGGUGUUUCAAUAAGCAGCCAAUCACAGUUGGCUGGAUAACUCCAAAUAAACACAUACAAGAUGAAGUGAAUUUUGUAAACGGUCAAUUUGAUGAAUAACAGUUUAAUCAUGAAUCCAGUAUGUAGUUCUGUUACGUUAUCUCGCUAACAUGGUGUUCAUUGAAAUACCCUCAAUUCUACUGACAUUGUAUUAUCUCUUUUUAAAGUUGUUUCUAUUUUUAUUCAUGACAUGUUUUCAUUGUUGCUUUCUCUCUCCUUGUAAAGUGUCUUUUUGAGUAUUUAGAAAAGUGCUAUACAAAUAAAAUGUUUUAUUAUUAUCACCA